GAUCUGUAUUUAUGCCCCCGAAGUGGUCCCUGGGCUAUCACCAAUGUCGGUGGAGUUAUGAUUUAGAUAAGAGAGUUCUUGAGAUUGCCCGAACAUUCCGGGAGAAAGGUGUACCUUGUGAUGUCAUAUGGAUGGAUAUCGAUUACAUGGAUGGUUUUCGUUGUUUCACAUUUGACAAGGACCGUUUCUCAGAUCCAAAAUCUUUGGUAAAUGAUCUUCACCGUAAUGGUUUCAAAGCUAUCUGGAUGCUGGACCCAGGGAUAAAAAAAGAAGGGGGUUAUUCUGUCUAUGAUAGUGGUUCAAAAAGUGAUGUCUGGAUUCAAAAAGCAGAUGGAACUCCUUUUGUUGGGGAGGUGUGGCCUGGGCCUUGUGUUUUCCCUGACUUUACACAGUCAAAAGCUCGUUCCUGGUGGGCUGGAUUAGUGAAAGAUUUCAUAUCUAAUGGUGUUGAUGGUAUAUGGAAUGAUAUGAAUGAACCAGCUGUUUUUAAGACUGUAACAAAAACGAUGCCUGAGAGCAAUAUCCAUAGGGGAGACGAUGAACUAGGAGGUUGUCAAAAUCAUUCUUAUUACCACAACGUGUAUGGCAUGCUGAUGGCAAGAUCAACAUAUGAAGGCAUGAAGUUAGCCAAUGAAAAUAAGCGUCCUUUUGUCCUCACCAGAGCUGGAUUUAUUGGUAGCCAAAGGUAUGCUGCAACAUGGACAGGAGAUAACCUUUCGACCUGGGAGCAUCUUCAUAUGAGUAUCUCCAUGGUACUUCAAUUGGGACUUAGUGGUCAGCCACUUUCAGGACCUGAUGUUGGUGGGUUUGCUGGAAAUGCAACACCAAAGCUUUUUGGAAGGUGGAUGGGCGUAGGUGCUAUGUUUCCUUUUUGCCGUGGACAUACUGAAAUUGACACCAUUGACCAUGAACCCUGGUCUUUCGGGGAAGAGUGUGAAGAAGUUUGCCGCCGAGCAUUGAAAAGGCGCUACCGCCUUUUACCGCAUAUAUACACUCUUUUUUAUAUGGCUCAUACAAAGGGCACUCCAGUGGCAACGCCUACGUUUUUCGCCGAUCCUGAAGAUCCCAGCUUAAGGAAGCUUGAAAAUUCUUUUCUUUUGGGUUCAGUUUUAGUAUAUGCAAGCACUAUGCGUGGUCAAGGCUUGGAUAAAUUGGACUGUGCCUUUCCUAAGGGAAUUUGGCUACGCUUUGACUUUGAUGAUUCGCAUCCGGAUUUGCCAGCUUUAUAUUUACAAGGUGGAUCAAUUAUACCUUUGGGUCCUCCUCAUCAGCAUGUUGGUGAAGCCAAUCCUUCAGAUGACUUGACACUUCUUGUGGCUUUAGAUCAACAUGGAAAAGCUGAAGGUGUUCUCUUUGAAGAUGUUGGUGAUGGAUAUGAAUUCACUAGAGGUGAAUAUCUGUUGACACACUAUGUUGCUGAACUUCAUUCAUCAGUUGUUACUGUUAGAGUUUCCAAAACUGAAGGAUUAUGGAAGAGGCCAAAGCGUCGUCUGCAUGUGCAGUUAUUGCUUGGUGGAGGCGCAAUGCUUGAUAUGUGGGGCGUGGAUGGAGAAGUUCUGCAAAUUAUGAUGCCUUCAGAAGAGGAAGUAAAUAAGUUGGUUUCUACCACUGAAAAGCAUUACAGGACUAGUUUGGAAAGUGCUAAGCAAAUUCCAGAUGUGGAAGAGGUUUCUGGACAAAAGGGAGUAGAACUUUCAAGGACUCCUAUUGAACUGAAAAGUGGUGAUUGGAUUCUGAAAGUAGUUCCUUGGAUUGGGGGUAGAAUUAUUUCCAUGAUGCACCUUCCUUCGGGAACGCAGUGGCUCCACAGCAGGGUUGAUAUCAAUGGGUAUGAAGAAUAUAGUGGCACUGAGUACCGAUCUGCUGGAUGUUCUGAGGAAUACAAUGUCAUUGAGUGA